GUAUUUAUAUGGAAAUGCGUCGAAUUCUAGUUCGCAUUUCUAGUUAAGAUAAUGAAGCGGCUGUUUAUCAUUGGUCUGUGUCUUGCUGUGGUCUUGGCGGCGCCUAGGCCAGACGACGAUGACGAUAACGACUUAGAUGAUAAUAAACCACAGCAACCACGCGCUCAGAGAAGGUUCCAGCAACACCAACACAACCAGAUUGAUGACGAUGAUGAUGAUGAUGAACUACAGCAUAACAGAAGAUGGCUUCACAAUCAACAACAUCAGAUGGAUGAUCAUGACGAUUUGCAUCAGCAACAACAAAUGAGGAGGAGAUUGCAAGAACUAACACUAAAGUUGAUCGACGACCGCGAUGAUGAUAACCGACUGAGAGCUGAUGUAAACAGACACAACCUCCGUCCAGACGAUGAUCGUGAUGAUGAACACUUAAGAAAAUCUGACGAUAAUUCAAACCUCGAUGUUCUAGCAAAGCAGUUAGAUAACUUAGCAGAGAAAUAUAAAGGGCGCGGAGUAUUGAAAGUCGGUUACAACCCGCCAUUAGUAAGAAAUGUGCCCGGUGCGCGCGCACACAAUUUGGGAAGUAUUGACUUCAAAUACUACACUCCAAGUGAAGUCGCCGGUAGAGCGCACCAUCAUAGAGACCUGGUGCCCGGGCCUUCAAUCAAAGCAAAUAAUGGCUAUGUGCUAUUGAGAGCACUAGAUCGACAGGAUCUCCGUGAUCGUGAUGAUGAUGACGACGAUGAUGAUGACCAGUAGUGAUGUAAACCUUUUGUACUCAAAACAAUGGACAUUGGACACGCCGCUUAACUUAAGAUAGCAUUUUAUUGGAGCAUAUGCAAAUAAAUUAACUGCAGUUGAAA